UCCAAGCGCAUUCAUGAUUAUCUGAGGAAGCAGAAGAGUUCAGGACACGAGCAACUCUGGACUAAUUCCCAGUUUUAUAGACCUGGUCUUACUCUUACUUUACACAGAGCGAGCAAUUGCCGAAAUCCACACAGAUAAAAAUGAUGACCAAACCAUUUGGAAAGAGCGGAGAUGUGAGUGAGCUGGUGAGCUCCCUGGGCUGGCUGGAGGAAGAUGAAUGCAGCUCUCAGGAUGGAGAGGAGAACCAUGGCAUGAGUGUAGGGGGCCAAAUUCACUCCUGCACAGACAUGGGCAGUGAGGAUAUGGAGGAAGAUGAGGAGGAUAACAAUGAUGAUGAUGAUGAUGAUGAUCAGGAGAUUGGACCAAAUGGAGAACAUGCUCCCAAAAGGAGAGGCCCUAAGAAGAAGAAGAUGACCAAAGCAAGACAGGAGAGGUUUCGUAACCGGCGAACUAAAGCCAAUGCGAGAGAACGUUCCCGUAUGCAUGGGCUGAACGACGCCCUGGAAAGUCUGCGCAGAGUGAUGCCUUGCUACUCCAAGACACAGAAGCUGUCAAAGAUUGAAACCCUACGGCUGGCACACAACUAUAUCUGGGCCCUGUCGGAGUCGCUCGAGAACGGCCAGUCCCCUGACAGCCAUGGCUUUGUGGAGAUUCUGUGCAAAGGUCUCUCUCAGCCCACCAGUAACCUCGUGGCCGGCUGCAUGCAGAUGGGAUCCAGUCCGAUAAACAACAAGAUGGACGAUAAGUGUGGAGGCCCGGGGAUGGGUGGUGUGGGGGGUCAGGCAAGCCAUCCUCUCAGCUUCCCGUCUCCAGGCCUUCCCAGCCCCCCCUAUGGCUCCCUGGAGGCAUCCCACCUACUCCAUAUGAAGGGAUUCAAGGGGCCUGUAUACGACAACCCAUCCCCUAACGAGUGCAGCAGCGGCACCCCACCAUACGAUGGGCCCCUUACUCCCCCCCUGAGCAUCAGUGGCAACUAUGCCCUGAAGCAGGAGCCCUCUCCACGUGAGCCCGAGAGAAACUACACCCCCCACUCAGGCCACAAUUCCCACUACCUCUCGUCGCACCAUUACCACACUGGCGGCAUGCCAGGGGGGCCUCAGGGCCAUCCACUCUUUCAAUCUUCACGCUAUGAGAUGCCCCUCGAUGUGGCCUUUGACUCCUUCAAUCCCUCUCACCUUGUCGCCUCACAGAUGGGCAUCUGAAAUAUGAACAUGAAAAGUUGAGAGGAGCAGUGUUUGACUCUUUGAAACUGGCCUGAAUAGGAGCUCUGCUCUUGAAUGAACUGCUGUACAAAUGGCUGUGGUACUGACUGUAUAGAGAAAUGUGUUUGCAUUAUGUUGUCUAGUACCUCUGGGAGAGCACUGAAUACUCAGAGAGACUUACCACCUCAACUCAAUCUACCUGAUACAAACACGCACCCAUUACUUUGAAAUAUUUUAUUUAUUAUUUUUUUGUUAUGUUAUUUAGAUUAUAAUUAUUUUUAAAGAAUGUUCCCCCUCAGUUGUGACUAAAGAUGAAUGUACCAAAUCAGAUAUCCACACUAAAGAUACACACAGAUGUUCCAAGUGUAGAGAUUGGAGAAAACACAUGAACAAACUAACUUUGAUAGGAAAUCUGAGUGUCUGCGUAUUAAGAUAAAUUAAACAAAAGUUCAUCCAGGGAAAGCCUAAAUUGUGCACUGAGGCCUAAAACCAAUGUCCCCUACGCCACAAAAAGCAAUGCAUUUAUUUAUAUCUGUAUUUAAUAUUUAUUUUGAUUACGUCUUUUUAUAUUUUUCACAGCAGUUUUUGUUUCGAUGUCUUCUUGGUUUUGUUGUCAGUCACAAGCAUCUGUACUGCAUUUUAUUUAUUUAUUUGAGGUCUUUCAGGUACUUUGAAUUUGGUGUCACAUUGUGUCAUACUGUACUGUAAAUAUUUUUGCUGUUUCGCACUUAAUUGAAUAAAUAUUCUUAUAUUAUAUGCUAUUUCCUAGUAA